AUGGCAGCCUUAUCCGAAACCAUUAGAACCGUUGAGAAUCGAUUGGUACGUCUUGUUAACGAAGCUAUUAAGUACAAAUUCGGUGUCAAUGGUAAAGAUCGCCGCAUUCGCCCUGCAGACCUUGUCAUAGAUCCUUCCGUUAGUAUACAAACUUACUACUUCCGGGAUAAAGCGGUUUAUAAUAAAGGUCCUUGGAAAGAUUUCGUUAAUUAUAAUACCAGCGGAAAGCUCCCACCAAAUACAAUAGUACAGAAACUCUUUCUGGACAUCGACAAGGCCGUUAUUGACGGGGAUAUUAUCGUCAAGCUUGUAGAUACUCCAGGUCAGGCGAUUGAUUGGGAUAAUCUGAGAGAAUGGCAUUAUUACUCACCUGGUAUUAAGUUCAAUAAUGAAUUUGACCAUAGCCUUUCAUGGGAGAGCGGUAAUAAGGAUGUUCGUAUGGGGUACUACGUAUAUAUUAAUUAUAGCAAGGGAAAUGAUUGUGAGGGGAAUGAAAAUGGAGAAGACAAUAAAGAUAAUAAAAGUGAUUAA